ACAAUUUGUAGCUGCACCGAAACCCAAAACCACGCCGCUCGAUCGAGCAGGUUCUUCCGCCUAAAAACACAACGUUACAGCUGUAAAAGUAAAUUAAAGAUGAUUUACUGGAUGAAGAGGAACAAAGGCGGCUCGGGGAUUCCCGACAGCGUCAGUAUCAUGUCUAAGUCGGAGAUCUUGAGAGAAAUCGUCACCGAGAAACUGACAACAGCCGCGCAGGAAAUCUUCGCGGUUGUGGAGAGAACCGUAGCCGGGUACGAGGAGGAGGCUUCGGGUCUGAGGCAGGAGAUCGACCGACAGAGGAGGCAGCUGGAGUCUGUCCUGCAGCCUCGGGUCAAACUACAGAGAAGAGAAGACCUGAUCCCACGUCAGGAAGGCCAUGAGACUGUUGUGAGGUUGGAAGAAGAGGAGGAGGAGGAGGAGCAGACACAGCAGUCAGAUGUGGAGGUCAGUGUGAGCCCGGGCCCGUGGCAUGAUGAUGAUUGUGAUGAUGAUGAUGAAGAUGAAGAGGGUGACGGUGGAGAGGAAGAGCAGCAGCUGUCAGCACCACCAGCCACGAGCCCCAGACGAGAAGAUCUGAAGGACCCAGACCAUCAAAUGAAACCAAGGUCCAUUUCCCCCACAGCCUGGUCUGACAGGAAAAGGGCCAGCAGACCUCAGAUCAGUGACACACAGAGCCACAUAGAUCUCAAAAUUCGUUUCCUGGAAGACUCAAAGAUCAAUGUGCUCUCAACAAGCGGGCUUUAUAAACUUCCGGUGCAGGAGCUGCAGUGUCCUCGUGGCCUGCAGGAGACGGACUUCCUGGACCUGCUGAGGUCCACCUUCCCUCAGCUGGCUGAUCAGAAACAGUUUGACUUCUGCACAUUUGGCAGGAGCAGGAUGCCCCAGCCUCUGACAGUAAAUACACUGACACCAGAGGAGAUCUACAAGCGGCUCAUCGACGCACGAAAGACUUACCUCUUCAUCCGACUGAAGACUGAAGAGGAUCCUCAGAGCAGCAGUGAAGACCGUCAUCCUGUUGAGAAACGAGAUGAUUCUCCAUCCAGCUCUGCCUCCACGUCAGCUGAUCAAACCCAAAUGAACCCCAGAUCCAUUUCCCCCAGAGGCCAGUCUGAAAGACCCAGCAAACCUCAGAUCAGUGACACACAGAGCCACAUAGAUCUCAAGAUUCGCCUCCUGGAGGACUCGAAGGAAAAUAUGCUCUCUAAAACUGGGCUUUAUAAACUUCCAAUACAGGAGAUGCAGUGUCCUCGUGGCCUGCAGGAGGCGGACUUCCUGGACCUGCUGAGGUCCACAUUGCCUCAGCUGGCUGAUCAGAAACAGUUUGACUUCUGCACAUUUGGAAGGAGGAGGAGGCUCCAGCCUCUGACAAUAAAUACACUGACACCAGAGGAGAUCUACAAGCGGCUCAUCGACACAAGAAAGACUUACCUCUUCAUCCGACUGAAGACCAAAAAGGAUCCUCAGAGCAGCAGUGAAGAUCCUGUAGAUGAUUCUCCAUCCAGCUCUGCCUCCACGUCAGCUGAUCAAACCCAAAUGAACCCCAGCUGCUCUGUUCAACACGUGGAAGGUGACAAAGUGGAUGUUCAGACCAGCAGCUCAACAUCACAACAACAAGACAUGGAAACGGAGGAAGCUGAUGAUGAAGAUGCUGCUGAGAGCCAAGUGUACUCCAGUGAUGACGAUGACAAAGAUGGAGAUGAGGCUUUUGAGGAUGAGGAAUGGAAACCAGAUCCUGAGCUGCAGUCGCCAAAGAAGAGGAGGAAGAAAGAGUCCAAUUUGUCUGGUGUGAAGGGGCAGUUGAUUGGGAGCAAUAAAACGCCCUGUAAAGUCUGUGGAGUUUGGUACAGGAACCUGGGCAGUUUGAUCAGUCACGCCUGGAGUCACGUUGAGAAAUCACAGCUUGUUUGUGGAGUGUGUGGAGAGCAGUUUGAAUCUGUAGAAGAGUUAAAGGGACAUCUUAGAAAGUAUCAAAAAACUCACGAAUGUUCAUUUUGUGGGAAAUCUUUCCUCACCAAAACUAGCCUCAACUCCCACAUCACUCUACACACAGGAGACAGACCGUUUAAAUGUGACGUUUGCCACAAAACCUUUGGUCGAUUGUCCACUUUGUGUGUUCACCGUUGGGUCCAUGUGGCGGAUAAACCACACAAGUGUGAUAUUUGCCUGAAGGCGUUUGGUCUAAAGACGCAGCUCAAAGUUCACAUCAAGAUGCACGCAGGUAGAGACAAGUACCACUGCAAUGUUUGUGGUAAAUCUUUGGCCAGCUGGACAUCAUUAACUUGCCACAAGUUGACUCACUCGGGGGAGAGACGUUACGGCUGUGUGGUCUGCGGGAAGCGUUUCAAACUUCCCAAAACGUUAAAGGCACACAAGAAGAUCCACAACUCCAGAGACCGGCCGUACGUCUGCCACAUCUGCUGCAAGACCUUUGUGACAAAUCACAGUUUAACAGCUCACAUGGGAACACACAGCAACGAGAAGCCGUUCACCUGCAGCAUAUGUAGCAAAGGCUUCAUGUCCAAGGGGGAUCUGAACGUGCACAUGCGUGUGCACACCAGCGAGGCGCCGUACGGCUGCUCAGAGUGCGGCCGCCGUUUUAAACGCAAGACUCACCUGAACAGCCACGUGAGGAGCCACCGGGGCAUCAAACUGUCUGUCUGUGGGGUUUGUGGGAAAGCGUGCUCUCACAAAGGCAAUCUGGCGGCACACAUGAGGACCCACAACGGAGAGAGACCGUACCAGUGCACCGUCUGCGACAAAACCUUCACUCAGGGCCACUGUCUGAAAACACACAUGAAGAGCCACCAGGGGGAAGAAAACCUGAAUUGACCGAAUAUGUCCACAGCACAGAAAACUAGCAUCAAAGUUUUCCCAUUUUAGAGGGCUGCAUGAUGGUCUCUCAUCCGUCCUCUGGAAGAUCUGGACUUAAUUAAUAAUCCAUACAGGGAACAAGAUACCAAUGUUGCCGUUCAGAGUCAAAUGUACUUUAGUUGAUAUCCUACGUUUAAUUAGUGUUAUCUGAAGAAUGUUAAGUUUUAUUUCCCCAUGAUGAUUUUGAUACAGGAACUAAACUAGUUACAGAUGUCCACAACUCCAGAAAGAAGGUUGGUGUGAUGCGACUCUGGGCUGCUUCUUUUCCCCACCUCUUUUCACAGGGGAGAAGACAUCCCGUGAUCUCAAGAAUAUGGACAAUGACUCUGACGUAUGAAUUUUAUUCCCUGUUGUAAGGAUGUAUUCAGACAGAUAAAUUACUGUCGGGGCGGCCUGUGGUCACUCUGUCCGGAGCCCAGCCCGACUAGUCUUAACUCUGCGUUGCUUUUCCCCAGUUCAAUAUCUCAUCCCUUCAACCCUGCAAUAAAUGUUCAUUUCUUCUAA